AAUACGAGCUUUACCGACAUGGCUAUCAACCGUGCUUACAAAGUUGGAUGUGGGAUAUUUUUCUUGCUUUUAUCUUACGUUGCGAGUACAAUGGUGAAUUAUACGGUAAAUACACCAGCUACGGUGUAUACCGAUAUUGUGUUAAAUUUAACAACAACUGGAGAACCAAGACGUUCUUCAACAAAUGACUCCAGCUAUGACAUUAUUGCAGAAUUUUUGGAAAAAGUUGAAGAAUACGAACGAAAUAAGGAAAAAUGUAUCCCUGGUACGCAGUUCAACUUAGGUAAAGGAGUUAUUCAACAAUAUGGAAUAAACAGAUUCAAAAGACAAGCUCUUGUAACUGUCAAUAGGGCGAAUUUUCUAACAAGAAUAUGGAAAAGUGCCCCGCAAGCGGUUCUUGAUUCGGAAUACCUCUUUUAUACCCAGGUCCGAAAUUUCGUUGAAGGGGACCCUGAUAUAUUUGCUGCGGGUAACUGUUAUGAUCAUAGGGAAUAUAAGGAUCUCUACCUGUAUUGCCCUUAUGCCUACCGGACAGAAAAUGGUUCUAUAAACGUUAAAGACUUAUCUAUAGAAUAUGAUUAUUUGGGAAAUACUUCCGAAUGGUUUUAUGAAGCAAAGAAGCAUGCUGCCAACAUAGAAAAUUUUAAUAUCACAGUUGGAACCUCACAGUGGAGAUACAAUGACACUACACAAGGUCCUCCGGAGAUGGACUCGACCAUAACUGUUACCUAUGACGACGGACACUGGAGUAUUCCAUAUUUUGACUGCGGGGGAGGAUAUAUUUGGAUGAUGACAUAUACAGUACCAUUCUUCGGAUACAAAAACGGCACUUUUAAAUUCAAAGGAACAAGUGGUCUUGACAUUGAUUUACAGAAAGUUGAUAUUGACCAGUGUCCAAAUGAGCCUGGAGAGGAGUUGAAUGUAUUUGCAAACUCUGCGAGAUGUAAAAAUGCUACCACGAAGUGUGUUCCUAUAAGCGGCCUUGGUUUCCGGAGAGGGUCUUACAAGUGUGUUUGCAAAGAUGGAUACUACUUCCCAGAUAUAAAAGCAGUGAACAAAUAUUACAAUGGAUCAGAAAUAGAAAUACGAUAUAGAGAAAAGAUAUAUGGUGAAAGUAAUUUCUACGACAACCAUUUUGAGUGUUUACCUUGUGCUGAGGGAUGUGACACGUGUGAAGACUCCAGUGCAUGCGUUAUUACAUUGAACUGGUUACAGCGGAGUGUAGUUCUUGCAGUUUCUGCCCUAAUUAUGUGCUGUAUUCCAGCAUUGAUAUGGUUCACCGUACAGUAUAGAGAUAUCAAGGUUCUAAAAGCAGCUAGUCCAGUUUUAUUGCGGAUAAUUUUACUUGGGGCAUUUCUACUUUAUUGUCCGCUGAUAGUAAGUUAUUUCGAAGCCAGUGUACUGACGUGUUGUUUACGGUUUUGGUUUAGAGAAAUUGGUUUCUCUAUUUCUUACGGGGCCUUACUGUUAAAAACAUGGAGAAUAUCAGUAGUUUUCCGAGUAAGAUCUGCACAACGGAUCAAAAUAUCCGAUACAGACCUUAUAAAAAGACUUGUCAUAAUAGCGCUAAUAUUUGCUGCAUACUCGGCUGCUAGGACAGUAGCUGGGACGCCUAGAGUAGUACAAGGAAAACAUGUGAGUGGUCUAAAAGCCUUCCAGUGUUCUUCAGACUGGUGGGACCACUCUGCGGCUAUUGCCGAACUGUUAUUUUUACUCUGGGGUAUACGUUUGUGUAUAGUAGUUAGAAAGGCACCAUCCGAAUUCAAUGAAAGCCGUUUCAUCAGCUGGGCCAUUUAUAACGAAACUCUUUUGUCGUUAUUCCUCAAUGUUUCCAUGAUAUUUUUACAGGAUCCAUUUCCAGCGAAUCCAGAUUUGUUGUACCUUGUCAUUUUCAUUCAUUCGAAUUUAACAACCACCGUAACGUUAGCUUUCCUGUUUGGUAGUAAAGCAUAUCUUGUAUAUAAAUAUCGUGGUAAAAAUAACGAGGUUCAACAUACAACAAUGAUGUCGAAGGGCGGCGGCUCACGACACAUGUAUGGAAAUAAACAAGCCGCGAUGAAUACUGAUACACUCACUUCCAAUGCAAACUCUUUUGUUGACAAAUAUGUAGAAAAAUCAGCAAAUGACGGAGAGUCAGAGAGUCUUCUCGAAAAAGAUAUACAGGAGGAAUUUCGAAGACUUUACACCCAGUUAGAGACGCUAAAACAUCGCAAUAUGAAGAUUGGUAACAGACACUUGCAGCAUAAACUGUCCGCCAUGACUGAGGCGGCUCAAAAGGACGACAGUCCAGAAGAAUCAAAAACUGGCACACCAAAUAUGAACGGUAAAAGGGUGAUUAUUAACCUUGACGACUUUAAAGAAUCUACGACAUUGUAGAAGUUAUUUUCGUGUCUGACAAUCAAAGGGUUCGUGAUAUGCAAAACGCUCAGUGCGCACGUGCAUGACAGAAUCAAAAUAUUCAAGAGAUUACGGAAACAGAGUAUAGUUUUUAAUGAUAAUCAAACUUCUGUUAUACCUGGAAUAUAGUGAAAUUGACUCCUAUUGCAUUAAACAAUGUACCAAACGAAGUUAUCGAACAGUUAUUGGUUUCAUAUUAUUGAUACGGUUGGUAAUGGAUUGACCAAUGUGUUCACAACAGUGUGAUUGGACCAUGUAUCAUAUUAUAAAGACUAUUUUCUUGCCGAUGAGAAGUGAUUAUAGAUCUCAGAUACAGUUCACUUGUAAUGUACGGACUGGGGAGUGUGUCUCUCUGAAAGAUGUUUGUUACAGUAUCAGGUAUUGGUAGGUUAUUUAUAAUGCUAAAGAUACUGCUA